GAAGACGCCCAAUGCAGCAAGGCUUCAAUAAGCCAGUGUGUUGCUGCCCAAAGCCACGGAUCUGAAGUGGGUUUAUGGAGAACAUCCAGCAUCCUCUGGGCUCCUCAUUGUUCUUUAUCCACUGAAGACGCCGUCUCGGAUUGUUUACAUCACUUGCAAGAAACCGGCACGGAGUUCUGGAUUGUGAUUGGAGGAAUGCCAUGAUGACUUAAGCAGAAGCGCCAUGCGGAAACGUGCAGUGUUCAGAGGCAUCACUCCUACACCGACCGAGGGUCUGCAGCCGCUGGAGGAGAAAGGAGACACAGAAAGUAAACAGGAGCUGGUCAACACCUGAGGAACACACACAGAAACCUCCAGUAAUAAAGAGCCACUUUCUGUUUGUGGAAGCUGUAACCUGCAGCCUGCUCAUCAGUGGGGCUCGGAGCAAGAGCAGCAGCCAGGCGAGACUGCAGCAAAAAUGUCUAACUAAAGGAGCGUCCAUAAGGAGGAGGUGUCCCAGCACAUCUACACCCCUGCAUCCUGUCUGCACUGGAUUUAUUUAUACAUAUCAUCAAGGGGGGGAGGCUGAUAGAUCCCAGAGCAUGAAGCCCAGCUGCUGAGACGGCGUUCACACACAAUCCGCUCACCCGGCUGGAUGUGUGUGUUCCUUGCCGGAGUCCAGAGCCGAAAACACCACGGCGGCCUCCCGGAGCCCAGCGGAGAUGCCCACCGAGACGCUGCCGCCAGAUAGCAAGGCGUUGGGCGCUGGUGGUGCCGUGGCCUCGGCCGUACCCCUCCGAAUAUUAAACAAAGGUCCUGAAUAUUUCAGAAGAGCCACAGAACCCAACCCGAAGCGCCUGAGUGCUGUGGAGCGACUUGAAGCUGACAAAGCCAAGUACGUCAAGAGCCAGGAAGUGAUAAAUGCAAAGCAAGAACCGGUGAAGCCUCAGGUGCUCGCAAAGCGGAGCCCAGGGGUGAGUUCGGCUCUUAAAGCCUCCAAUAAUAACGCCAAAUCAGACACUUGCGCCAGCUCCAAGCGUGAAAAUCUCAACCUGGAGAUCCUGAAGAACCUGCUCAACAGCUCAUCAUCAGCAGAAGGACCUGCUAAAAGCUCAGUGGCGAGGAGCUGGGCACCAGAAUCCGGGCAUCGCUCCUUUCCUGAAUCCUUAAAUGUCCCAGCUGCAGCCUUUCAUGGCCGGAAAAGCCCCCAGAACCUGAACCUAAGUCGCGGACUUAUGGAGAACCACGGGGCUGAGGGCGAUCGAUUACUACUCCAUGCCUCUCAGAGCUCCUCGGACAUUCGUCGGCUGUGUAACGGAAAGCCAUUCCGUUCGGGACGCAGCAGCAGCAGCAGCUCAGCUCCUCCGCUUCCCCCAAAACCAAGUGCAAAGGCUUUAGGAAUCUCUGACCACAUGAAAUGUCCAGCUGAAACGGAACUGGAAGCUCGUCGGCCCUCGCUGCAUCGUUCUAAAUCAGACUUGAGCGAUCGCUUGGCUCGGUCUGGCGCAGAUGCAGAGAGGUUCUUUAACUACUGCGGCCUGGAACCAGACCAGCUGGAGGGUUUUGUCGAUGGCUUUGGACGUGCCAGCUCUGAUAUCGUAUCACUGAACUUCCGUAGUGCCAGCAUGAUCAGCUCGGACUGCGGCCGCUCACGACACACCGACGACAACGACGACCUUUCCAAUGAAGACGAGGAUGAGGAGGAGCGAGUCCCCUACGGAAUCUCGGCUGUCGAGCGCAACGCCCGUGUCAUCAAGUGGCUCUACAGCAUCAAGCAGGCACGAGAAUCUCAGAAAGUCUCGCAUGUUUGAGGUUUUGGAGAUCAUGAACAAGCCACUCACGUAUCUCACUUCUGAUGAUGCACUGUCUCUCUAUCUUUAAGGACUGACUGGAGAAACACAGCUGUUUUUAUUUCUUUAUAGGUUUACAGGUUUAUUUUUUCUUUUUUAGUCGCUUUCCAUGUCUUCAGAUUCUGCAUGACCUCUUCACACAUCACAAAUACCCUGACCUCCGGCUCAUCACGUGUUCAUUAAAAAGUGCUGUUUUACCGAACAGCUCUGACUCCGAGUGCGUUUAUCGUUUUGUUCUUUUCCGCUUCUGUCUGAUUUCCGUCUGUGUUUGACGCACUGAGCCAGGAAGCCAUAUGAGAAUGAAUGCAGUGCAUCAGUGUCUUCAGUGUCUUUAGAUGUCUUUCCUUCUUUAGUUUUCUCUUUUCUUUUUUAAAUGUGUGUGUGUGUGUGUGUGUGUGUGUGUGUGUGUGUGUGUGUGUGUAUGUGUGUAUGUCUAUGUGUGUGUGUGUGUGUUGCAGAACCAUGUCUGAUCCAGAAACCUCUUUUCAAACAUAAUAACGGCUUCCAUCAGGACGAUUUACGUGUAGUUUGGUUUGUCGUCCAUUCCACUCUGGUCGCGAUGGUACUUAUUGUUUUAAUGCGUGUACAUUCUGUAAGAUUAUGUAUAUAAUUUUGGAUUCUUUGUCAAAAGAAAAUCACAAAAAAGUAAAACAAACAAAACAAAACCCUGGUGUUGUGUGAUGAAGAUCCUACUGUGAUGUUCUAUCCUGUAGCUCUCGCUUUGCUCUCGCUUUGCUCUCGCUUUCCCUUUUUUUGAUUUGAUUUGUUUUAAUUCGCAUCGGCAGUCUGUGUUCAUGAUCGACUCUGUACAUCCCUCCUCUUAUGUUUUAAAUGUGAGCUAAUAUUCCACAUGGAGUUGUUCCUAAAAGAUUUAGUUAUUUUUAAUUAUUUCAAUAAAUGGCUAAUUCGCCAUCUUUUGCCAUCA